CACUGUGCUAGAAGAACGCCCUACACUACAGUAUCCACCGGUUGCGGUAACUAACCGAGGCCGGAGCGUCCGGAAGCUCCGCCCCGGCGCUGACGCCGGUUGCCUUGUUACGCCGCCUCGGAUCUUAACGAAGAGGUCCGGGGGUUGGUUUGCAUUGCGUCGGGGUGAGCUGGGGCUUUCGGUCCCUUUUCUAGGUGGGAGCUGCUCGGCAUGAAUAAGUCGGAGAUGGCGGACGAAGCUCUCUUCCUCUUGUUGCACAACGAAAUGGUGUCCGGGCUGUACCGCGCCGCCGAGCAAGGCGAUGGGGAAAAUGGACGUUGUAUUACAAAAUUGGAAAACAUGGGGUUUAGAGUAGGACAAGGAUUAAUAGAAAGGUUCACAAAAGAUACUGCCCGAUUCAAAGAUGAAUUAGAUAUAAUGAAGUUUAUCUGCAAAGAUUUUUGGACUACUGUAUUUAUAUUUGGCAUUUACAUGUGGACUAAUUAGAGGCGGUUUAUCAAAUUUGGGAAUAAAGAGUAUUGUGACAGCUGAAGUUUCAACAAUGCCUGCAUGUAAAUUUCAAGUGAUGAUACAGAAGACGUAAAUAUAAAAUCCAUUGUCUUGCUCUGUAAAAUGGCAAAAUGAACUGUAUUUUAUUUAUAAACCAUGUGAAGCUAUCCUUUAUUGUAUUAAGUGUCCGCUUUGUCAAAUACAUUUUUCCCAGAGGCGAUUAAUUGCCAUUUUUCAUAAUUUGCUGGUAGAUUUUUAAUUGUCUUCAAUUUUGACCCAUGCAGAUGAACGUUUGUUAGGAUGAAUAGAAUAUCUUAAAUAAAUGCUAAGCUCUGCUAUCUGGCUAACCCUAUUAUACAAUUUCAGUUUUGCAAUGUUGAAAUGGGUCAUGGCCAUAGAGCUGAGAACAGUACUCCUGCUUUUCAGUUCCAGAAAGAUAGUUUAGGUAUAUUCCAUAGACAAUAAAAUUGCUUCAAGAUGAUCUUGCAUAGUUUUAAAAAUGAUGCACUUGCUUAUCUAGCUGAAAGUUUCAAAACUACAUAAACAAUGUUAAUGUAA